AUGCCUUUACUUCGAAGAUUGUCAUCCAAAUUCAAGAGCCACAAGACCGCGAAACCGGACAGAAACGGGGUCGACGGAGCUCUGACGGCUGUCCAUGAGAAAGCUUCCCCGAUUGUGAACGGCGAUCACACCAGCGAUCCUCAGACAGCGGGGAGCUCACUCGGUCAAAGUCUCGAGAAGACGAAGCAUGUCCAGCCAUUGUCUUCCUACAGCCCGGCGAGCGCUGAGCCGCCACCAGAACCGGCCGUCAACGGAGACAACGCUCCAGCGACACGGAAAGAUGUCGAGAAGAUCUUCCACGAAUUUGCGCAGUUGAUCCACGCUUCUCGACGUCCACUCCCGUCUCAGUCAGGUGAUGGACAGUAUCUGGACAAGGAGGAGCCCACCGGGUUCCUGUCCGAUUUGCCUCAUCUGCGACUCAAGGAUGUCAAAGCGGCAACGCACAUUGUCGAGGACGCGUUGAGUGGUAAGCCAGUGGAUGAUCGCAAGAUGCAUAUGGAGGAGGUCAUGCAACUUGUUGCUGCGCUUCCUGACGGUUCGGCCAACCGAGUCGAGUUGACCAGCAAGCUUUUGGACGUCUUGUGGAAUUCGUUGCAGCAUCCUCCGAUGUCGUACCUGGGCGAUGAGUUCCGCUAUCGUUCUGCAGACGGGUCGAACAACUCCUAUAUCUUUCCCAAGCUCGGGGCUGCAAACACGCCAUAUGCUCGAUCGGUGAAUCCCAAAACCGUCCAGCCCGGGGCCCUUCCCGACCCUGGCCUCCUGUUCGAUUCACUCCUGGCAAGGGAGGAAUUCAAGCCCCAUCCGAACCAAGUGUCGAGCAUUUUCUUCAACUGGGCAUCUUUGAUCAUCCACGAUCUCUUCCAAACGGAUCAUCAAGACUACAGCAUCAGCAAAACGUCGAGCUAUCUGGAUCUUUCCAUUCUUUACGGAGAUACCCAAGAAGACCAAAAUAUGAUGCGGACCUUCGAGAACGGCAGGAUCAAGCCCGAUUGCUUUGCCGAAGAGCGCCUGCUGGCCUUCCCGCCGGCCUGCGGCGUGAUGCUGAUCUUGCUGAACCGGUUCCACAACUAUGUGGUCGAUCAGUUGGCGCUGAUCAACGAGAAUGGCCGAUUCAACAAGCCGUCUGACCGGCUUUCUGGUGAUGCCGCCAAGGCUGCGUGGAAGAAGUACGACAACGAUCUUUUCCAGACCGGCAGGCUGAUUACGUGCGGCCUGUACAUCAACAUCACCUUGCACGACUACCUCCGCACCAUUGUCAACCUCAAUCGUACCAACAGCACUUGGACUCUCGAUCCACGAUUGGACAAACCCAAGACCUUUGGCAACGACGGCACUCCCCGCGGGGUUGGCAACCAAGUCAGCGCCGAGUUCAGCUUGUCUUACCGAUGGCACUCAUGCAUCGGUCAAACGGACGAGGCAUGGACCGAAGCUGUCUACAAGGAGCUCUUCGGGAAGCCGCCCGACGAGGUCUCACUGCGGGAGUUGAUGGUCGGACUGGGCAAGUAUGACCACGACCUUCCAAAGGAUCCUCAGGAGCGGCCGUUCGCUCACCUCAAACGGAACGCCGACGGGCGGUUUGACGACGGAGAACUGGCCACCAUCAUGCGGGGCGGCAUCGAGCAGGUUGCCGGAGCCUUUGGGGCGCGGAACAUUCCCAAGUCGAUGCGAGCCAUUACCAUCCUGGGCAUCAACCAGUCCCGGUCCUGGAAUCUGUGCACGCUGAACGAGUACCGGAAGUUCUUUGGCCUGAGACCCUACGACACGUUUGAGGAGGUCAACCGCGACCCCUAUGUGGCAGACCAGCUGAAGAACCUGUACGAGCAUCCUGACUAUAUCGAGCUCUAUCCCGGUCUGGCGGUUGAGGAGUACAAAGAACCCAUGGUUCCGGGAGUGGGCAUCUGUCCGAACCACACCAUAUCGCGGGUGGUCUUGUCCGAUGCGGUCGCUCUCGUUCGUGGUGACCGGUUCUACACGCUCGACUAUAGCCCGAAGAACCUGACCAACUGGGGCUACAACGAGGUGGGCUUUGACCUGAGCAUCAACCAAGGAUGCGUCUUCUAUAAGCUCCUCCUUCGAGGCUUGCCGAGCCAUUUCAAGCCGAACAGCAUCUACGCCCACUACCCCAUGACGAUUCCAUCGGAAAACGCAAAGAUCAUGAAGGAUCUCGGUCGCUACCACGACUACGACUGGAGCACUCCGGCCUACAUCCCCAGCCGGGUGGAUCUGACUUCGUACCAGAGCGCCAAAUAUCUCCUGGAGCGGCCCAAAGACUUCACCGUCAUGUGGAACGACGGACUAGGCUUUGUCAUGGGCACGGGCGGCGAGAAAUUCUGCCUGGGCGGCGACACACCGUUGCAUCGCAAACAGCGCGAAACCAUGCAGCAACUGAUCUAUCGCGACCGAUGGCACGAGCAUGUCAAACACUUCUACGAAGCCAUCACCCUGCGUUUGUUGCAUGAGAAGAGCUGCAAGAUCGCCGGCAUCAACCAGGUCGACUUGACUCGGGACGUGGGCAACCUGGCUCACGUACACUUUGCGUCCAACAUGUUUGCCCUGCCGCUCAAAAGCGCCGAGAACCCCAAGGGCAUCUUCUCCGAGCAGGAACUGUGGAUGGCCAUGAGUGUCAUCUUCACCGCCAUCUUCUUCGACUUCGAGCCGACCAAGUCGUUCGGACUCCGCACGGUGGCGAGGAAAUUGGCCACCAUGCUCGGCACGUUGAUCGAAGCCAACGUGAAGUCGGUGACGGCGACUUCGCUCGUGGCCAAGUUGGUGGACGGCUUCCGGGAGAACGACAACGCCUUGGCCGACUAUGGGGUGCACAUGAUCCGCCGCCUCAGCGAGACCGGCAUGAGCACGUCCGACAUUGUGUUCAGUCAGAUCCUGCCAACCGCAUGUGCCAUGGUCCCGAACCAGUCGCAGGUCUUCACCCAGAUCAUGGAUUACUACCUCAGCCCGGAGGGGCUCAAGCACUGGCCGGAGAUCCAGCGUCUGUCGCGCAUUGACAGCCGAGAAUCCGACGACAAGCUGCUGCGUUACGUCAACGAGGCGAUCCGUCUCAACGGCACGUUUGGGAGUUAUCGUCGCAGCGAGGUGCACCAUGUCUUUGCCCAUGAGGAGGGACAACCGGUCUCGGUCAAGCCGGGGGAUAAGGUGUUUUGCAGUUUCGUCAGUGCGGCUCGAGAUCCGAAAAUCUUUCCCGAUCCAGACGAAGUGCGUCUCGACCGACCGCUGGAUGCGUAUAUUCACUAUGGCAUUGGGGAGCAUACCUGCCUGGGCAAGGAAGCCAGCAUGGUGGCGUUGACGGCCAUGUUGAGGACGGUGGGGAAGCUCGAAAACCUGAGAAGGGCGCCGGGUGCUCAGGGGGAAUUGAAGAAGGUCCCUCGUCCAGGAGGAUUCUACGUGUACAUGCGCGAGGACCAAGGCUCGUACUUUGUCUUCCCAUGUACGUUUAAAGUGCACUAUGACGGGACGCUUCCUCCCCUGCCACAGGUCAAAGCGGAGCAUUGA